ACUACAGCGCCGGCGCGUCAUCCUCGGUUCACAUCGACGGAACGAGUUGUAAGCAAAUGAGAACAUGUGUGGGAUCUGAGAGAGUGCGAGAAGGCGAGAAAGGGGGGAUAUAGAGGGGAGCGAGAGGAGGAGUGAUAAAAAGCCAGUUUCAUCAACCUGACAAGUGGAUACGAAAUUUUUUGAUUGUCGGACUAUAUAUAUUUAUAUUUUCUCUCUCCCCCCCCCUCCCCACCUCCCUUUAUAUUUUCUCAGACUGGGAAUUUAUCGAUUCGUCACAUGCGCACGCCUCUUCAUUAUAAUUGCAGACAGUUGGGUGCUGUUCAGGCUGAAUGGACUUGAAUGUGCCGCUGCCAGCUUAAUCCGCGCAGACUGGAAGAUUUAAUAAUUCACGGUAAUCACGCAUUAUCGCCUCACUGGAUGCUCUCUACACAGCCCUGGUGAUUUUUUCCUCUCUCUCUCCCCCCUCCACACACACACACACACUCACACACCCCCUCUCUCUCUUCCUCAUUCUUCCCGUUGUCUUCUGGAGGAUUUAUCGACGACCUGCUUUGCAGAUAUGCUCCUUAUCUGAAAUAUCAUCUGUUGCUGCAACUGGAAUUUGAAAAAAAAAAGGGGGAAAGAAAAAGCCCCCAUGACUGGCGCCGACACGCGUUCGAGACGGACCGUCUUCAGGUGAUGAGGACUGUUGAAUGAGAAGCUGUUGGUUUUUUUCUUUUCUUUUCCACUUCAGGUAAAAUGGACGAAAAAUUAUUAUUACUUUUAUUACUUCUCUUAUCUCUACACGCGAGGCUGUGAUUUUUUUUCUUUCUUUUUUUUUUUUUCGCUUUGCGACCCCAUCAUGAUCCUUCUACUCCGCUGAUUUGCCUCUUAUUGAUUCGGACUGUGAGCGUAAUAGCGGUAUUACGAGGCGAAAUUUCAGCGUGAAUUUCACGUGAAUUUUUCAUUGAAGACAGCGGGACGCGGGGAUCGUGGAGGUAUUUCCCCUCCCCUCCGCUCUUCAUUCGAUUCCCCCACGUUCUUCAACUGAAGGGUAAAUGUUGAUGAUGGAGGACGACGAAUUGGACGCUCAUCAGGUUGAUUCGGAUUUCGAGCCGCAGAGCCGGCCUCGCUCCUGCACCUGGCCGCUGCCUUGCCCGGAGGAUUUCCCCGUCGGACACGAGGUCAGCGGGGGUCUUCCGCUGGCCAACAUCAAGGUGGAACCGGAGGACGUCCCGGCUUGCAGAGCGGGGCUCGUGGGCGGAACGCCGGGAGAGCUGAAGCAUCCAGCCGGCGCCCCGGCACCCACAGGCGCGACGCACCCAUGCCUGGCUGGCGCGGCGCUCGAUGUGACCGGACCGCUGCGCAAAGCCAAGUCCUCGCGGCGGAACGCGUGGGGGAACCAGUCCUACGCGGAUCUCAUUACCCGCGCCAUUGAGAGCACCCCAGAAAAGAGACUCACGCUGUCACAGAUAUACGACUGGAUGGUCCGCUAUGUGCCCUAUUUCAAGGAUAAGGGCGACAGUAAUAGCUCAGCUGGCUGGAAGAACUCAAUCCGACACAACCUAUCCCUCCACACACGUUUUAUCAGGGUGCAGAAUGAGGGAACAGGAAAGAGUUCUUGGUGGAUGCUAAACCCAGAUGGUGGCAAGAUGGGCAAAACCCCCCGCCGGCGAGCAGUCUCCAUGGACAACAGCACUAAAUAUCUAAAAAGCAAAGGUCGCAUCAGAGGGAAAAGGGUUGGCCGUCCUGGGAUAGGAGCUGGGUCUGCUGUAGUGGGGCUUCAGGGCUCCCCUGACCAUGGCAGCCCACCAAGGAAAGGCCACCCAGGAUCUGGAGGUGCAUCUGGUACAGAUGGAGAGUUUGAUGCUUGGACAGACCUUCAUUCCAGGGCCAGUUCGUCAGCCUCUACCCUGAGUGGACGUCUGUCACCUAUCCUUGCAGAGGGAGAGCCAGAGGAACCAGAGGAGGGUGGCCUGUCCUGUUCCACCUCUCCCCACCUGUACCCCUCACCGACCAGUGCCCGCUCUCCAUCCAUGGGGACAGGGAAUCGCUGUCCUCCCUUGGAGCAGCUGCCUCAGCUUGCUAACCUGACAGGUGCCAUCAGUCUAGAUGAGCAAUUGAUGGAGGAUAGUUAUCAUCACCAUCACCCAUCACAACAGCACCAACAGCAUCCAGCUGUUGGCAGACAUAAGCACCAAACACCUGUCUACCACUACAGCUCUGGAGUGAAGGGACAGAGCCCCUAUGGGACUGGAGUCUACAGUGCAACAAGCAUGGGGAUGUUGUGCCACCACUCACCCAUGCAGACCAUUCAGGAGAACAAGCCAGCCAGUUUCUCUGGAACCAUGCGGGCGUACUCCAGCACCAAUGCCCUGCAGAGUCUGCUAACAGGGGGUCCAGCUGGGCAGCCAUACUGUUCCAAGGACAUGAUGCUGGGACAGGAGAGGGAAAGCCAUCCAUUGAUGGGUCAAACUAGUAAUGGAGUAGGCUCCAACCAUCACAGCCACCUCCCUGGCCACCACAAUGGCCACAGCCACAGCCACAAUGGACCUCUUAGUCACAGCUCAGCUCAUAGCCAUAACAGAACUCACAGCCAUACUCAUAAUCACAACAAUGUAACCAACCACAACCACAGCUCACCUCACAGCCUCGCCCACAACGGUCACAACCUCAGCCAGAGCCAUAACCACACACCGCCCCGGGCUGCGGCCCUGACCCCUCGCGGCAACAGCAAUCAGCUCCACACCUACAACCACAAAGCUCCCUACCUGUACAGCCCCCCAUCACACGCCCACCUCCCAGCCUCCACCACCCUGCCCCCAAACCCAGCAGGUAUGCUUGGCAUGCCUCAGGACUCCUGCCAUGUGGCCACCGCCCCACACCCCCGUCACAACCAUUACCCUGACCCACAACACCAAGGCAUGACUAACGGACCAUACCACCACAGCCAGGGCAUAGGGAAUGGUAAUGUUGGUAGCAACUACCACAGCUAUCACCAACCUCAUCCUCAUGAGAGACUACCAGCUGACCUGGACAUUGACAUGUUCCACGGAAGCUUGGACUGUGAUGUGGAGUCCAUCCUCCUCCAAGACAUUAUGGACUCUGGGGAGGAGAUGGACUUUAACUUUGACUGCUCCCUAGCCCAGGGGGUGGGCAUCGGCAUGGGUAUGGGCAUGGGUGUGACCAUGGGCAUGGGGAUGGGAAUGAGCGGUCUGGCUGGUCCUCAGCAAGCUCACAGCAACCAGAGCUGGGUGCCUGGCUGAAGCCUGAAACAACACAUCCUACCCUCUUAAAAGAACUACCCUACCCAUGAAGCACUGUGCUCAACUGUGACAUUCCUGACUUGACGCAGAGACUAUAGGACCAACACUCCCGUCUCUCUUUGUUGUCUUGACAAUUCUUCUGUCGCCCUAUCCUUUUUUGAUUUCCCCUCCCCUCCGAUAGAUCUAGUUCAUGUCACAUUAGGUUUUUCUUCAUAUCAGCUAUACUGUGAUGACAAUCUCUCAGCUGUGCUAGCCCAACAUCGCUUCUCAUCUACCAUGAGAACUGAACUCUCAAUGCACUUUAUUGCAAGUGGGUCACAUCUUGCAGUGUACCGUGUUCUCAGAGCAGCUCAGGCAGAGCUUGGCAUGUUUUGUAAGGUGGCUGUAGUGCUUGACGGCAACAAAUGAGGAAAUCACAAGCUCCGUUGGUAAAGUGUCAGAUCUUGGCAGUGAAUUUAAAUUAGACUCCUUUUCUCAUAUGCUGUCAUUGUCAUGCUGCAGACAGUAAUUUGUGCAACCAAAAAAAAAAAAAAUCUACAGUUGCUUUAUGAUUAGAUCCUUGAUUUUCAAAUUAGUUUUUCAUAUAACCUUCAACAUUGCCUGUUCUUUAUCACUCACCUCAAGUUAAAGAUAUUAUAAAAUACAUUUAACAUUCAAAAAACAUUCAAUUUAAGAGGUUUUGACACAGGUCUGAAUGCAUUAAUACAACAUGUUUACAAACCUAAUUCCAGAAAAGUUUUGUAAAACAUACAUGAAAGCAGAGGGCAACAAUUUCAAGUGUUAUGGAUUGAGGAUUCCACUUUCACACUCAAUCCUGAUACUAUUACCUGCAACCAGUUAAUCUGUUUACCUGUGAAGAGUUCCAAAUAGGUGUUUCUUACAUUCCACAACUUUUAUCAGUCUUUGCUCCUAUUGCAGCUUGUUUGGUGCUAGAAUCAAAUUCAGAUUGAGCAUAAUCUUACAAAAAUAAAUUGAGCUGAUAAAGUCAAAUAUUAAAUAUAUUGUCUUUGUACUGCUUUCAAUAAAGUACAUCUUGUUCCAUUUUU